UUGGUAGAGGGCGCUGUGUUCAGUUUGUUAUUGUUUGAGGUGAACCAUCGUAAAACCAAAACUAGGUCCAGAAAAGCGUACGUUUUCGCUAAAUACCAUCAUAGUCAUCAGGAUCAUACGUCCGUCCAGUGUGAUGUCCGAACUACAGAGAAAAGCUCAGAAGAGAGGGAUUUCUAGUAUGCUCCCUCCUAUGCCACCCAAGGGGACUUCCUCGGGCUCCAGAGGUUUAUCGCUGGGACAGCCGAGGAAACGGGACUUCUCACAACUCCCAUGGAGCGACUACUUCCACACAAGUCAAGACGUGGAAGUUGACAAAGACAAUGUCUUCCGAGUGUAUAAGCGAGGCACAGAGGGUCCUGUGGUAUUGUUCCUGCAUGGUGGAGGACUGUCAUCUCUCUCCUGGGCCGUGCUCUCAUCUCUGGUCACAAAGUCUGUCAGGUGCCAGUGUCUUGCGAUGGACUUCAGGGGACACGGUGACACGAUGACAGCCAAUGAAGAAGACCUUUCUGUAGACACAUUAGCAAGGGAUAUUGGUAACGUCAUUACAGCCCUGUACGGUGACGAGACCAUUCCACCAAUCAUCAUGGUCGGUCACAGUAUGGGCGGGGCUAUAGCCAUCCACGCAGCAAUCAAGUAUCUGGUGCCGUCUUUAGCAGGGCUCAUCGUCAUCGAUGUCGUCGAAGGUACUGCAAUGGAAGCUCUUCAGGGCAUGCAGGGUUUUCUACGGGGAAGGCCGAAACAGUUCAAAUCCUUAGAAUAUGCCAUCGAAUGGGCAGUCAAAAGCGGCCAAAUAAAGAAUCUAGAGUCAGCCAGAGUCUCAAUGGUUGGACAACUGAAAAGAUGCAGCGCAGAACACCAGGAAGCAUCUGACCAGGUGCCCUGCUUCUCAUCAAGUGAAGCAAUUGCAGAAGAAGACGAGGAACAAGACAAGCCUAAAGAGGACAGCUCAGCCCAACAGAGUGCGUCAGUCUCCAGUUCAGUACCCUACACAUGGAGGGUGGAUCUAUCCAAAUCUGAAGCUUACUGGAAAGGGUGGUUUGAAGGCAUGUCCAACCUAUUCCUGUCAUGCACUGUCCCUAAGAUGCUGAUCAUAGCGGGUGUGAACAGACUAGAUCGGGAGUUAACCGUGGGUCAAAUGCAGGGCAAAUUCUGGAUGCAUGUACUACCACAAUGCGGUCACUGCGUACAUGAAGACCAACCACAAAAGGUAGCGGAUGCUUUAGCAUCUUUUUUGGUGAGGCACAAACUUUCUGAGUCGCUGGACGACUUUGAUCGGCCUUCUCCUGCGUGCUGAUGAAACGACUUGGAACAACCAGACAGUAGCAGAGGUGUUUGAACUCUGAUGGACACUUGAUUGACCACCGGACAGCAGUGGAGGAGUUUCAACUCUAUGGAUAUUUUGAACAAUUGCCUGAGUUAUUGAUUGCCAAGUGUGGAGACCUGUAAAAGAUGAAGUUUUUGUGCACUUGUAGAAACCAUCCAUGUGGUGAUGUCUCGCAAUGGACCCUUCCUGCCUGUCAAUCAGUGCACAUUGACCAAUUAGAUUGCAACAUUUGGUCAGGUGACCACGAUACCUUUGUCUAACUUGGUCACAAGCACUGUGAGAAAUGUGCAUGAACCAAAGAUGGGGGGGGGGGCUUAUGGUCGAAUCCAGAACAGUGGGGCAGGGCUUAUGGUCGAAACCGGAACAGUAGGGCGUAGCUUAUGGUCGAAACCGGAACAGUAGGGCGUGGCUUAUGGUCGAAUCCAGAACAGUGGGGCAGGGCUUAUGGUCGAAACCGGAACAGUAGGGCAGGGCUUAUGGUUGAAACCGGAACAGUAGGGCGUGGCUUAUGGUCGAAUCCAGAACAGUGGGGCGGGGCUUAUGGCUGAAACCGGAACAGUAGGGCGUGGCUAAUGGUUGAAUCCGGAACGGUCUAUCGUAAAGGCUUUUACAUAGUGUGGUAUAGUACAUUAACAAGUCAAGGUGUCUGAAGACUUAAGUCUAAGAGAUUGUCUACUGAAGGAUUGGGGCGGUGUUACCAGGUACACUGGUACAUGUUCUGAGACUCCCAAGAAGUAAUUAUACUGCCGUGUGUUUUAAAAGAUUCCUCUUGUUCUUUAUUCUUUUACAUUUCUCAAAAUUGAAAUUUUACUUCAGAGGCAAAUUGGCAAAACUGAAACUCAUUUUUUUCUUCCGCACCUGACUCUUGUUCACUUGAGACAACAUCCUUGGCGGGAAAUUGUCGCUUUACUCUCUUGCUGGGCAAUAUAUCUAUCUCAAUAAAGGAAUAUAAUCUAUAAAUCUGUUAUGUUUGAAACAUGGCUGGAAAUUUUGUUUUCAACUAACUACUUUAAAUGAUACUUUAGCUCGAAAUUCAAAAUUUUCAUUUGGAAUUAAUAUCUGGAUGUUUUACUACGUUUGUGAAUUAAAUAAUAAAAUAUAUCUCUGAAUUUUAUAAUUGUCAAGGUCAAUUACCUUUACCCAACACAUUUCAGUGCUUAAGUGAUCACAAUUAUAAAAAUCACACCAUGAAAGCAAGAAGACAACGAGGUUCUGCAAAAAAUCCUGAAUUAAUUUUUAUGUCGUUCAAUUUUUUCUUCAAUGAGUGGUUUGAAGGUUAAGUAAAUUGUUUUUACUUAGGUUUUUGGAAUUUUAUUAGAAUAUAUUAUACACGGCUACUUAGCUAAAGAAAAGCAAAUUAUUUAAGUUUCUUUUAUUGUUGAUUUUUAUGUUUUGAUCACUACAAAAUUCUCAACAA